AUGGAAGGGCUUCUGUUCGGGAAGGGUGGCGAGGAGCAUCAGGAGUGGCAGGAGUGGUUGGGAGCCACGGAAGCGCAGCUAGCUCUUCGCGAGGCGGUGGUGUGGUCCCUGGAGAGGGGGCUGCCGGGCAACGCGACUUGGCUGGCCGAGCGUCUGUGGGCCAUGGGCCGCACGCAGGGAGCGCUGGGCUUGCUGGCCACGGCGCGCAUAUGCCCUCCUGUGCCCGCACCUGCCACCGCCACCUGCCGGGGACGCGGCGGGGAGGACUGCUGCUGCGGCGGCUCCUGGGUGUGCUUCCAGCUGGGCCGCCUCAAGGAGGCCCACGACGUCCUCCUCCCCCAACCCACCGCUGUUCCGCCGAUGGGUGCCGCCGGCUUCUACCUCCUGGGCCAGGUCUUGCGGCACCAGAACCAGAGAGGGCGCGCGGUCAAAUACCUGCGGCGCAGUCUGGAGCUCCAGCCGUACCUGUGGUCGGCCUACGAGGCCCUCUGCGCGUUGGGUGAGGACAUCGACGCCGCGGUCUUUUUCGCGGGUGGUCCUGCUGCUGUGCCUCCUCCCGAGCACCUCGCCACUGAACCUGCACUCUCAAGCAGCGCCUCCACUCCGGUGUCGUCGUCAUCGAGCGCACCCGGCAUUCCGGCAGCGCGAGUCGCGCUGAUGGAGACGCCCGAGGCCACCAGCUCCACCUCCCCCGCCCUACCGAUGCUGCGAAGGCGCCCUCUCCCCUUCUCCUCCUCCUCUUCCUCAUCCGGCCCUCCGUCGUCGUCGUCGACUCUGCCGUCGUCCCUCUUCUCCACGCCGCCACAACAACAGCCGCAGCCGCAGCCGCAGCCGCAGCAACCACAACAGGGGGAGGAUUCCUCUUCCUCGUCGGCAGCGUUCGCCACCCCGGGCCAGGCCCCCGUGACCAGGAAGACCAAGAAGACCGAUGGCAGCAGGCACAUCGCGCCGCGGAGGUCAACGCGCUUGUCGUUUUCCUCCGCUGUGGACAAGGACACCGCCGCAACGCCCGGCGGAAAGCGCAAGUCAGACGUCAAGGGGGCGGUUGCUCCAUCUGCCACAGCAAAGCGCCGUAAGCAACGGGGAGAGCGCGAGGUGAUGAGCCUCCUCCGGACGAUGGGCAAUGGUGUGCGCCACCUGUGCCAAUUCCGGUGCGAGCAGGCCAUCGCCACGUUCGGCCAGCUGUCUCCGCAACACCGCAACACUGCCUGGGUCAUGUGUCAGGUCGCCCGGGCCCACUUCGAGAUGGUCAACUACGGCGAGGCCGAGCGGCUGUUUGCAGAGGUGCACCGAGCGGAGAGCACGCGUACGGAGGGCAUGGAGAUCUACUCGACCAUCCUGUGGCACCUGCGCAAGGAGGUGGGCCUGAGCCACCUGGCCCAGCAGCUCGUCGACGCGGACAAGAUGUGCCCGCAGGCCUGGUGCGCCCUCGGCAACUGCUUCUCCCUCCAGAAGGAGCACCAGACGGCCAUCAAGUUCUUCCAGCGCGCGACGGAAGUGGAUGGUUCGUUCGCCUACGGCCACACGCUGUGCGGCCACGAGUACGUCGCCAGCGACGAUCUCGAGAAGGCCCUCGCCUGCUUCCGCACCGCCGUGCGGAUUGACCCGCGCCACUACAACGCCUGGUUCGGCAUCGGGCUGGUUUUCUAUCGCCAGGAGCGCUACGAGCUGGCUGAGUACCACUUCCGCAAGGCCCUGGCCAUCAACCACACGAGCUCCAUCCUCAAGUGCUACAUCGGCAUGGAGGCCUUGGCGGCUCUGGACGAGGCCAUCGUGAUGAAUCCCACCAACGGGCUGGCCAAGUACAAGCGGGCGUGCGUCCUCUUCGCCCUGGGCCAGUACACCCGCGUGGUGACCGAGCUCCAGGCCCUGGCGCUCUCUGCCCCGAAGGAGACCUCCAUCCACUGCCUCCUGGGCAAGGCACGCCACCACGCGCCCAGCUACUCGCUGACGCAGCUCUUGGCCACUCAACAGGCCCACAAGCGGCUGGGGGACAGUGAGACGGCGCUGCGGUGCUUCCACACAGCCUUGGACAUGGACACCAAGAACCAGACCUACAUCAAGGGUCUCGUAGAGAAAGUGGGCAUCCCGGACGACCCCCACCAGGAUGACCCGCUUCCUGAUCUCACGUGA